AUGCGAGUUGUCAGGAUUUCAUGUGUGGGGACACGUCAUCUCUCACCUCCCUCCUCCGCCGCCAGUUGCGCUGCCCACUCCGACGUCUCUGCCUCCUCUUCCUCCUCCGCCGGGUUGAUUAAUGCAGAUGUAGAUGAAGCGAGUUGUGGUGGUACGCCUAGUUGGAGAAUCAAGAAGAGCCUAACAUGUGUGUGCUUUAACCGCAAGAGAGCUUAUGAACGCAUCUCCUCUAACUUAACACCAUUGCAGGAAGAAAGACUGAAGAGGUUGAGGAAGAGAAUGAAGAAUUACUUUGACGCGUCGCGGCCUGACCAUCAGGAUGCAUUGAGAGCACUGUGGUCAGCAACGUAUCCGGGUGAAAAGCUUCAGGCUUUGAUCUCAGACCAGUGGAAAGAUAUGGGAUGGCAAGGAAGAGAUCCAUCCACUGAUUUCAGAGGAGCUGGAUUCAUAUCAUUGGAAAAUCUUCUAUUCUUUGCCAAGACAUUCUCGACUUCUUUUCAGCGUCUGUUGAAGAAACAAGGAGGCAAAAGAGCGGCUUGGGAAUAUCCGUUCGCUGUAGCUGGCGUCAACAUCACCUUCAUGAUAAUGCAAAUGCUCGACUUAGAAGCCUCUAAGCCUAGGAGUUUUGUACGGUCGAUUUUCUUGCAGAUGCUUUCAGAAAACGAAUGGGCCUUUGAUUUGCUUUACUGUGUGGCGUUUGCGGUAAUGGACAAGCAAUGGCUGGACAAGAACGCCACCUACAUGGAAUUCAACGUAGUCGCUCAGAAGCUUAAGGAAGCUGAGAUCACCGAACAGGACUCGCUCCUUCUGACUAGGAAUCUGCUCCGAAUUGCUAUCUUCAACAUCAGCUACAUUCGGGGACUCUUUCCUGACAAGUAUUUCAACGAUAAAUCGGUUCCUGCUUUGGAUAUGAAGAUUAAGAAGNUAAUGCCUAUGGACGCUGAAUCACGCCGAUUAAUUGACUGGAUGGAGAAAGGUGUCUACGAUGCGCUACAGAGGAAAUACUUNAAGACGCUCAUGUUCUGCAUUUGUGAAACAGUAGAUGGUCCAAUGAUUGAGGAAUACGCUUUUUCCUUCAGCUAUUCAGAUUCUGACAGCCAAGAUGUCAUGAUGAACGUCAAUCGUACUGGAAAUAAGAAACAUGGAGGAACUUUCAACGCCACUGCUGACAUUACACCAAAUCAAAUGAGGAGUUCAGCUUGCAAAAUGGUUCGUACACUUGUUCAGUUGAUGAGAACUCUCGACAAAAUGCCAGAUGAGCGUACCAUAGUGAUGAAGCUUAUGUACUACGAUGAUGUGACGCCACCAGAUUACGAGCCACCUUUCUUCAGAGGCUGUACAGAAGAAGAAGCUCAGUAUGUAUGGACAAAGGAUCCUCUGAGAAUGGAAAUUGGGAACGUUAACAGCAAACAUCUUGUGCUAACGCUAAAGGUCAAGAGCGUGCUUGAUCCGUGUGAGGAUGAAAAUGAUGAUAUGCAAGAUGAUGCUAAGAGUACAGGACCUGAUUCUGUACAUGAUGACAAGCCUUCUGAUUCAGAUAGCGAGAUAAGUCAAACACAAGAAAACCAAUUCAUUGUGGCGCCAGUAGAGAAACAAGAUAAUGAUGAUGGAGAGAUCGAUGAAGAUAACACACAGGAUCCGGUUGAAAAUGAACAGCAGUUAGCAAGGGUGAAGGACUGGAUCAACUCUCGUCACCUCGAUACUGUGGAGCUCACAGAUAUUCUUUCAAACUUCCCAGAUAUCUCAGUAGUUCUAUCUGAAGGUGAAUCAAGGCUUGAUGAAAGUCACUACGAAAAACCGCCGUUGAAGCAUCAUAUAAUGAUGAAAUCUACACUCGAGAAAGAAGGCGUUCUUUCGAAAACAGGGAAGGAAACAUACAUUAUAAACAGAGAUAAGACACCAGGGAGCGAAUUCACCUUUGUGAAAGAUGAAACUGAUGGUCAAGCUUCUCCAAAAGAUGGGAAACCUAUAGCUCCGGAAGACUACAUGUACAUGAAAGCUCUGUACCAUUCUCUUCCUAUGAAGUAUGUGACCAUUACAAAGCUUCACAACAUGUUGGAUGGUGAAGCCAACCAGUCCGCUGUUCGUAAGUUAAUCGACAGAAUGACCCAAGAGGGCUACGUGGAAGCUUCUAGCAACCGCAGGCUAGGGAAGCGUGUGAUUCAUUCUAGUCUAACUGAGAGGAAACUAAAUGAAGUCAGAAAAGUUCUUGCCACAGACGAUAUGGAUGUGGAUGUUAACGAAGCUACGAACAAAACCAACUGUUUAGAGGCCAAAGCAACCGCAGAUGUAUCUACAUGUGGAGGCAUCCACUCCAUAGGAUCAGAGUUCACACGUACGAAAGGAAGAUCAGGUAUGCAGCAGAACGGCUCGGUUCUAAGUGAACAGACCAUCUCAAAAGCUAAUAACAACACUCCGGUUAGCACUAGAGCACAGCCUGUGGCUUCGAGGGAAAGCUUUGCUGUAAAUGGAGUGGCUGGUAACAAGUGCAAGGAGGUAGACACAAACUCAAGCCAAGCCUCGCAGGAUAAGCGUUGCAGGAAAACCAGCAUGGUGAGAGAGCCUAUUCUGCAGUACUCGAAGCGCCAGAAAUCUCAGGUUAAUUGA